AUGAUAGAGCCAAGUAUUAUUACUAAUCAACAAGAAGCUUUUGGAUGUUCUAAAAUUCAUUUAGAAACUAAUCAAUUAGUCAUCAAAAGUCUAUCAUAUUCUGAGUUUGAUGAAAAUCUCUUUGAUAUGAUACGUCCAGUUUUGGCUAUGGUACAAAUCACUUAUUUGAAUAUUACGCCACGUGAGAUUUUCAUCGGCACAUUAAUCGAUUUAGUUAGAUGUUUACCUAAUCUUGAUUCAUUAGUGAUAUCAUCUUUAGCAAUGACACAACCAAGAUAUUUAUCUAUUGAAGAAACAAGACAUUUUCGUUUAUUAUCAAAUAACAACAAAAUUAUUAAAGUCAAUCUUAAACAAAUGAGUGACAUAGCACAAGUUCAGUUUCUUCUUGAUCUUUGUUCUCAAAUGAAAUAUUUCGAGAUAGGCUCUACAAAUGAUGUUUCACUCGAAAAUGUUAUACGAUUUAUUUUAAUGAAAAAUAUCAAAAAUACUUGUAAUCUACAUUUACUAUGUCUUAAAAUUCCACAAGCAAAUAUGAACAUGGUUGACAGAUUAAAAAGCAUAAUUGACUUUGAACGGUUAUCUCAUAACUAUAAAAUACAACAAAUAGACACUGAAAUCCAUUUACGAUUGAACUAA